AUGGCGUCUCGCCGCCCACCAUCUUCAAGGAUCAGAGCAAACACACAGGGUUCUAUGGGCCCACCGGUGGCAAGUGGCAGUCGGCCUCGUUCUGCCCUAGCCAAGUCGAAUUCCUCGCAGCGCUCCGGUUUAGCCACUCCAAUUGAAGGGAGUGUCCCUUCUGAUGUUGCAGCUGUGCCAUUUAGAAUGCCCAAGCAGCAAACACAAACUACGAUUCAAGAUGAUAUGGAGACAAAUAUACAAGUUGUGGUCCGCUGCAGGCGCCGCUCAGAACGCGAGAUACAGGAGAACUCCCCCAUCAUUGUUACUACAAAUGGCGCGAAAGGUCAGGACAUCACUAUCGAGACUGCUGCGCCAAUAUCCAGUCUUGGCGUUGUUACGCUUCCGCCCACACGCACAUACCCUUUCGACACUGUUUUUGGUCCGGAAGCGGAUCAAGCCAUGGUCUACCACGAAGUCGUGAGCCCCAUGUUAGACGAAGUGCUGAUGGGAUACAACUGUACGUUAUUUGCAUAUGGACAGACUGGGACUGGUAAAACAUUUACCAUGCAAGGCGACCUUUCCACUACUCCAAUGGGGAAUCCAUCGCCACAGGCCGGCAUGAUUCCCCGUGUCCUCUUCCGCCUCUUUCAUCAGCUCGAAUCCUCCGGGACGGAUUAUAGCGUGAAAAUAUCAUACGUUGAGCUGUAUAACGAGGAGCUGCGGGAUUUGUUGGCCCCAGAGCUUGGUGCACCAGUAGGCUCUACGCAGCCCAUGGGAAUGGGUACGUCAAAAGAUGCAGCAGGCCAAGGCAAUCUCAAGAUCUUCGACGAUGCAAGUAAGAAGGGAGUUUUCAUUCAAGGUCUUGAGGAAUCAGGCGUUAAAGACGCUGCCGACGCACUUGCAUUGCUCACCAAGGGCAGUCAUCGCCGACAAAUUGCGGCAACCAAGUUCAACGACCAUUCCAGCCGUUCCCACUCUGUCUUCUCUAUCACUGUGCAUACAAAGGAGAUAUCGUCCAUGGGUGAUGACCUUUUGAAGGUGGGCAAGUUGAAUCUGGUUGACUUAGCGGGCUCGGAAAAUAUUGGGCGCUCUGGUGCAGAGAAUAAACGUGCGAGAGAAGCUGGUAUGAUUAACCAGAGUCUCCUUACGCUUGGAAGAGUCAUCAACGCUCUCGUGGAUCGUUCUUCGCAUGUUCCAUAUCGAGAAUCAAAACUUACGCGAUUAUUACAAGACUCGCUCGGGGGACGCACCAAGACGUGCAUCAUCGCUACUAUUUCCCCCGCCCGCUCCAACAUGGAGGAGACGCUAUCCACUCUUGAUUAUGCUAUUCGAGCGAAAUCCAUACGGAAUAAGCCUGAAGUAAAUCAGCGAAUGACACGCAAUUCUCUGUUAAAGGAGUAUGUUGUGGAAAUUGAGCGCCUCAAGGCCGACGUCCUAGCUGCACGCGAGAAGAACGGGAUCUUCUUUGCGGAAGAAACAUGGAAUCAAAUGAUCGCAGAGCAAGAACUUCGUGAAACGGAGAUCCAAGAAUCGCGUAAGCAAGUGGAGAUCGUCGAGAGUCAGCUCAGGAACGUUCGUGAAGAGUUCGAGCAGAGCAUUGGGUUGCUCUUGAAACGAGAUGGCGAAUUGAAGGAGACGCGAGAGAAGUUAAAGGAUACUGAAGAAGAGCUGGAAGCUAAGGACGGUCAGCUGAGGGUCGUCAAGGGUGCAUUGCAAGAAGAGGUGGUAGUCAGGCAGGCGUAUCAGGAUUCCGAAGGAAAGCUGGACGGCGUCGCAGUCGGGCUGAAGAAAGUGGUCCAGGAGGGGUUGAGCGACCUGGGACGAUUGUACAGUAAGCUGGAGCGGAAAGCAACUGUGCUCAACUCGAAUUCUCAGGCGGUUGCGGCCAGUACCAGGGUUUUAACCGCUGAGACUCAGGGAAUGUCCACACAAUUAGACGCAUUAGUUAAGACCACGAAUCAACAUUUGCGCAAGCUUCGUUCAGAGACGGAAGAUUUCCAAACCAAGGAACGCGAAGCGCUCUCAGCCAUCUCCAAGCGAGUAGAUGAGCAGCUGGAAAAAAUUCGACAGGCUCUCCAAACGAUUCAUGCUCGCGAGGAAACGUCUGGCAAUGCUGUUGGUGCGAUACAGACGGCAGUGGAAGAAACGCAGGACAGUAUCAAGAAAGGGUUCGCGUCGUGGACGGAAGAACUACGCAUACACUGUGAGACAACGUGUCGGGAAGCAGAAACGUCUAGCAUUGCCAGUUGUGCUAAUGUUGAGGCGGCGUUCAAGGCUCUGGGAAGUUUCGCUGAAAAGAUAGUCCAAGAAGCGCAGGACUAUGUUACCAACGAAUGUAAGCUGUUACAGGAAGCCAAGAUGCUGUCAGACAAGGCGACAAACGCCGAGAUCCACCGUCUACAAAGCCAAAACGAAUUGCUCACAACCCUGCUCGAAUCGGAGAGACUUAAGGCUGAUCAUGCCAAAGAUGACCUCAUCAAGCGAAUUUCUGGCUUACUUGGAGACUUCACCGCAGAGCGUGAUUGUAGCUUGCGGGAUGCAUUCUCGAAAAUGACGGAAAGCAAUCAGGAUGCGGAGAAGGAAAUGAUACAGCUUGGCCAAGAACAAAGCCAGAGACUGGAUGGCGUGGUAACCCAUGGCCAGCAGUGGAGCGCCGAGCUGGGGAGAAGGGGCAUGGAAGGAAAGAGGACCCGCGAUGGCGGAAUUAAGGCGCUGAAUUCGGUUCGAACGGUCAUUCGUACGGGACUUACUGAUGUUCAGAGCUCCGUGAUGAACUCGACAUCGUUAUUUUCUGCCGAUCUACAACGACAGACACAGAAAUCCGGUACAACAUGUACCGAAGCGUUUGAUCGGAUCUCUAGAGCUAAGAGAGCGCGGAUCGAGGCCACUGAUGCUAUUGUCGCGGAUACACAGUCCACCUAUCGCUAUGUUCAGCGCGGCGUGGCCUCAACAUCACGCAAUGUGGAUGCCAUAGCGCAACGGAUAGUCUCAGAGUCUUCUGGGCUAACCACGACCACCGAUACAUAUCAUUCGAACGCCUCAUCUCAUAUAUCAAUUGCGCGACGAGCAAUCGAAGCUCUUGUAGAAGACGGCAUGCUAGAAGAUUCUCCUACUGGUUCGACGCCACGCAAGCGGACCUGGAACUAUGUGGACAAUUGGCAGUUGACUAAGAGUCGAGAUGCGCUGCUGAGGGACUGGAGGCAACAAGGCCUUCUUUUGGCCAACCGCGAGACGUUCCUAGCUGAACAUCUACCAUCUCCUGACGUGCCAGAUAUCGAAGAUGAGGAUGAAGAUAGAAAAGAUAUGGCAAUGGACGUUAAGGAAGAGUUACAGGAGGAUCAGGAGAUAGAGAAUCUGCCACCAUCAGAUGACAUCAACUUACAUCCCUCUAUCAAGUCACUGUCAUCGUCCGCGUCCUCAACCGCGACGGCAUUUCAACCUCCACCACUUCCCCCACCACCACCAAAUAUCCUCGCGAGGAAGUUGACGAAUGCGUCGCUAACUGUAAUCCUUCUCUCAUUCGUGCUGGCUGUGGGUUUUCUGCUCAUCAUUCUAUCCUGUGCACUGUGGGCAAACUGGCUUCCUCUCCUCGUCGCGUUGACAUUUGUACUCGCACCGCUUCCAAACGCGUUGUCAGCGAGCUGCGGCGGUGAUGAGUUUUCUGCAGAUUAUGACGGUUCAGGGCGUGGCGACCUUCCACGGUUUAUCACCUCUACCAUAGUUGUAACCGGGUUUGCCUUCCCUCUUGUUUUGGCGCACUCAGAGGUGAUACGACCCGGCGCGUGUGCUAUGUCAAUUAUUGGUGGAGCCUUGGUGUAUGGAACAAUAUUGGCGUACAGUGCCGCAUUCAAGCAGGAGGAUUCUGAUUUCGACUAA